AUGGUCGCGGUAACGGCUGCUAAACCGGUGUCGUUUACUACCAGUUUGGAUCCAGCGAAUCCCGUUGGUUUCUUGGAGAAGGUUUUCGAUUUCAUUGCGGAAGAGAGUGAUUUCCUCGUGAAAGAGAACGUCCAUAAGGAGCUUGGAUCCAUCGAACUAACCGUCAAGGAAAGGAAUCUCCUCUCCGUCGCCUACAAGAACGUGAUCGGUGCUCGCCGUGCCUCCUGGCGAAUCAUCUCCUCCAUCGAGCAGAAGGAGGAAGGACCUGGCAACAUCGACCACGUCUCCGUCAUCCGUGAGUACAGGGCCAAGAUCGAGGCCGAAUUGUCCGAGAUUUAUGCCGGAAUCUUGAAGCUCCUCAAGAAGAAGCUCGUUUCGGCCGCUGGGACCGGUGAUUCCAAGGUAUUUUUUAUGAAUAUGAAGGGAGAUUACCAUAUGUACUUGGUUGAGUUCAAGACUGGAGAUGACCGGAAAGCGGCUGCCGAGAACACGCUCACUGCCUAUAAAUCUGCUCAGGACAUUGCGACUGCUGAGCUGGCCCCAACUCAUCCUAUUCGAUUAGGAUUGACUUUGAACUUUUCCGUAUUCUACUAUGAGAUCUUGAACUCUCCGGAUCGUGCUUGCACUAUUGCGAAACAGGCUUUCGAUGAAGCCAUCGCAGAGCUGGAUACUCUUGGAGAAGAGUCAUACAAGGACAACACUCUUAUAAUGCAACUGCUAAGGGAUAUAAUUACUCUCUGGGCUUUGGAUGUACAGGAUCAUUUGAUGAGCCAUAGCAGGCGUGUUAAACCGGUGGUGGUCCUAUUUUUCAUCUAA